GAAUCAGAGUGAAACUAGUUUGUAGUACAGUACUACUACUGAUCCAUUUUCUGUUCUUUCCUCAUCUUACCUGACUUCACAUCAUCAUCUCUCUCUCUCAUCCCACUUUGUUUCCCUUUCCCGGAAUCCCGAAAUUUUCCCAGAAAGCUGAUGCCAAUCUUUGGGCAAUUACAUCCUAACCAUUAAAUCUCCUUCUUCCUUCUUCUUCACUCUUUUUCAUCACUAUUCACUGUUAUACCCCAAAUUCAUACUUCAUCCACUCCAAUUUUCGUCGCUAUUUUACCUCUUUCCCAUAAUCACAAUUAUUAUGCUUCUUGUAUAUUCAAUUACCUGACUUCACAUAUAAUCACAAUUAUUAUACUUCGAUUUAGCUUGCAAUUCAGGGUUUUGUAGAUUCUAUUUCUUGAUUUUAUUUUCAUCGAUCAAAAUCACUUUUUUUUUUUAUUGCUUUUGUUUGAGGGUUUGAUUUUUGAGGUUUUCUCAUUAUUAGUAUAGCAUGAAUUUUCGAGUUAUUCAAUUUCAAUUCACUUUUGGAUCUCAAUUUUUGUGCUAAAUCUCGUUGGAUCUAAGAUCAAUUGUUGAUGGGACGCUUGGAAUAGUCAAAAGUUUUUUUUUUGUUUUUGCAAUUGAGUGAUUUUGCAAUUUAGCAAGGAUUAGGAAUUUGGGUUUGUGAUGAUGGAUCAUGUUAUUGGUGGAAAAUUCAAGCUUGGGAGGAAAAUUGGGGGUGGUUCAUUUGGAGAACUUUACUUGGCUGUUAAUGUACAAACUGGAGAGGAAGUUGCUAUCAAGCUAGAGCCUGUGAAGACCAAACAUCCUCAACUUCACUACGAGUCAAAAUUGUACCUGCUUCUUCAAGGGGGAACGGGUAUUCCCCAUUUAAAAUGGUUUGGAGUUGAGGGUGACUAUAAUUGCAUGGCAAUUGACCUCCUUGGACCAAGUCUUGAAGACCUGUUUAACUAUUGCAAUAGGAAAUUCUCUCUGAAAACAGUUCUGAUGCUUGCCGAUCAGCUACUAAACAGAGUUGAGUACAUGCACUCCCGGGGUUUCCUGCACCGUGAUAUAAAGCCUGACAACUUUUUAAUGGGAUUAGGUCGCAAAGCAAAUCAGGUAUACAUAAUUGAUUACGGCCUUGCAAAAAAGUAUCGAGAUCUUCACACACACAAGCAUAUACCAUAUAGGGAAAACAAGAACCUCACUGGAACUGCCCGGUAUGCAAGUGUUAAUACCCAUCUGGGAGUUGAACAAAGCAGAAGAGAUGACCUGGAAUCACUUGGUUAUGUGCUCAUGUACUUUUUGAGAGGAAGCCUCCCUUGGCAAGGCUUGAAAGCUGGCAAUAAAAAACAAAAAUACGACAAGAUAAGUGAAAAGAAGAUGCUUACUCCUAUAGAGGUUUUGUGCAAGUCACAUCCAUUGGAAUUUACAUCAUUCUUCCACUAUUGCCGAUCUUUGCGGUUUGAGGAUAAGCCUGAUUAUUCGUAUCUUAAAAGACUCUUUCGUGACCUAUUCAUCCGAGAAGGCUAUCAGUUUGACUAUGUGUUUGAUUGGACUAUAUUGAAAUAUCCACAAAUUGGAUCCAGCUCCAGAUCCCGGCCAAGUGGAAAACCAGUCAUAAAUCCAGGACAAUCAGGAGAGAGAAUAAUAGAACGGCCUUCAGGUGGACCAGAGAUCCGGGAUAGAUUUUCAGGCGCAGUCGAGGCAUUUGCAAGAAGGAAUGGAUCUGGGACUGGUCUUCACAGUGAUAAUUCCAGGCAUAGGUCUUCGGACGAUAGGCCAUCUUCUAAAGACGUGCAAGCUGAUUCUGAGAGGCCCCGUAGCUCUUCGCGUCAUGGCAGUUCUUCAAAAAGACCUGUCUUAUCAAGCAGCCGUCCUAACUCUUCCGGUGAACCGAGUGAAAGCCGGUCUAGCCGAUUGCUCUUGAGCAGUAGCCGGCUAUCUACUACUCAGAGGACUCAGCCAGGUCUCGAGUCCAAAACAUCAUCAUUUAAUCGUGUUUCUGGGACAAGAGGUGGUCGUGAUGAUACACUCCGGAGUUUUGAACUCCUGUCACUUGGCACAGGAAAAAGGAAAUGAAGAACUAACUCUGAUCAAGCAGAUUUCUUGAGUCAAUGGUCGUGGUUCUGUUCUGAUGCUUUUUCUUCUACCCUCGUUGAUUGCUGUAUAUUUUCCAUCCAAUGUUAGCUCCAUCCAAGGCUAAAAAGCUCAUUGGAAAUUUUUCAUGAAGCUUUGGCAGACUCCUCUUAUAGCUCUUCUGAUGUUCUUCCAUGAAUAUUUCAGCAUGGACCCAUCAACGAAGAGACACCUGCAUUACUUUAGGAUUUGUUAAUAUAUGGCUACUUGUAAUAAUAAAUACUUUCUCUAAUUUUUCUUCUGAAGAAAAGGAAACGAAACUGCAAUUUGCAAAAAUGAUCCGUAAGUUUUGGCACCUUUGUGAUGCAUAUUUCGUAUCUGUGUACUAUGUCUAGUGUACAUUGAUGGAAUGGAACUGUUGACUCCAAUUAUGGACAACAGAAAGAAAAGAGAUUGAUGUGCAUUUUAGCCA